AUGGCUCGCACGAAGCAGACCGCCCGUAAGUCCACCGGAGGCAAGGCCCCCCGCAAGCAGCUGGCCACCAAGGCCGCCCGCAAGUCCGCACCGGCCACCGGCGGUGUCAAGAAGCCCCACCGCUACAGGCCCGGCACCGUAGCCCUGCGCGAGAUCCGUCGCUACCAGAAGUCCACCGAGCUGCUCAUCCGCAAGCUCCCCUUCCAGCGGCUUGUGCGCGAGAUCGCCCAGGACUUCAAGAGCGACCUCCGCUUCCAGGGAUCGGCUGUGCUCGCUCUUCAGGAGGCUGCCGAGGCCUACCUUGUGGGCCUGUUCGAAGACACCAACUUGUGCGCGAUCCACGCCAAGCGCGUGACCAUCAUGCCCAAGGACAUCCAGCUGGCCCGCCGCAUCCGCGGCGAGCGCUCUUAG